CCCGCUGGCCUCGGAGCAGGCGCCCGCGCCCUCGGCCUCGGCCUAGUCAUGCUCCUCCCGGGCGCGCAGCGGCUGCGGGGCAUCCUGCUGCGGAGCUGCGGGCGGCUGGGCUCCCCCGGGCGCCCGCGCUCGAUCUGCGGCCGGGAAGGAGAGGAAAAACUACCUUUAUCUGCAGAAACACGGUGGAAAGACAGAGCAGAAACAGUGAUAAUUGGAGGUGGCUGUGUUGGUGUGAGUCUGGCUUAUCACCUCGCCAAAGCGGGGAUGAAAGAUGUGGUCCUGCUGGAGAAAUCGGAGCUCACGGCUGGAUCUACCUGGCACGCAGCAGGUUUAACAACUUAUUUUCAUCCUGGAAUAAACUUGAAGAAAAUACAUUAUGAUAGCAUCAAACUUUAUGAGAAAUUGGAAGAAGAAACUGGGCAGGUGGUGGGAUUCCAUCAGCCAGGUAGUAUCAGGCUUGCAACCACCCCUGUAAGGGUAGACGAAUUUAAAUAUCAAAUGACUCGGACUGGCUGGCAUGCAACAGAACAGUAUAUCAUUGGACCUGAAAAAAUUCAAGAGAUGUUCCCUUUACUCAACAUGAAUAAGGUUUUAGCUGGAUUGUAUAAUCCUGGAGAUGGUCACAUUGAUCCCUAUUCUCUAACUAUGGCUCUGGCUGCUGGAGCUAGGAAAUAUGGUGCCCUUUUAAAAUAUCCUGCACCAGUAACUUCUCUGAAACCCAGGUCAGAUGGAACAUGGGACGUUGAAACACCACAGGGGUCUGUGAGAGCAAAUAGAAUUGUGAAUGCUGCAGGAUUUUGGGCUCGUGAAGUAGGUAAAAUGAUGGGACUAGAACAUCCUCUCAUUCCGGUUCAACAUCAGUAUGUUGUUACGUCAACUAUACCUGAAGUGAAAGCUUUGAAACGAGAACUCCCUGUGCUCCGUGACCUGGAAGGAUCAUUUUACCUCCGACAAGAAAGGGAUGGGCUUUUGUUUGGUCCAUAUGAAAGUCAGGAGAAAAUGAAAGUUCAGGACUCCUGGGUCACCAAUGGAGUUCCUCCAGGUUUUGGAAAGGAACUCUUUGAGUCUGAUCUAGAUCGAAUCAUGGAACACAUCGAAGUUGCCAUGGAAAUGGUUCCUGUCUUAAAAAAGGCUGACAUCAUCAAUGUCGUCAAUGGUCCUAUCACGUAUUCUCCUGACAUUCUGCCUAUGGUGGGGCCCCAUCAGGGGGUCAGAAACUACUGGGUGGCCAUAGGCUUUGGAUAUGGCAUAAUCCACGCUGGUGGGGUAGGGAAAUAUCUCAGUGACUGGAUCCUGCAUGGAGAACCUCCUUUUGACCUAAUAGAAUUGGAUCCCAAUCGCUACGGCAAAUGGACAACAACCCAGUACACUGAGGCCAAAGCAAGAGAAUCAUAUGGAUUCAACAAUAUUGUUGGUUACCCUAAAGAAGAACGGUUUGCUGGGAGGCCGACUCAGCGAGUCAGUGGGCUGUACCAAAGCCUGGAGUCUAAGUGUUCCAUGGGGUUCCAUGCUGGCUGGGAGCAGCCACAUUGGUUCUACAAACCAGGCCAGGACACUCAGUACAGGCCAAGUUUUCACCGCACAAACUGGUUUGAGCCUGUGGGCUCUGAGUAUAAACAGGUUAUGCAAAGAGUAGGGGUGAUUGACCUAACACCAUUUGGCAAGUUUAACAUCAAAGGCCGAGAUUCCAUUCGACUAUUGGACCAUCUCUUUGCAAAUAUCAUUCCAAAGGUGGGUUUUACAAAUAUAAGUCACAUGUUAACACCCAAAGGUCGAGUGUAUGCUGAGUUGACUGUUUCUCACCAAUCUCCUGGGGAGUUUCUAUUAAUAACUGGCUCUGGAUCAGAACUUCAUGAUCUUAGAUGGAUUGAAGAAGAGGCAGUCAAAGGUGGGUAUGAUGUUGAAAUUAAAAACAUAACCGAUGAGCUUGGAGUCCUUGGAGUUGCUGGUCCACGUGCAAGAAAGGUCCUUCAGAAGCUGACCUCUGAAGAUCUUAGUGAAGAUGUUUUCAAGUUUCUUCAAACCAAGUCCUUAAAGAUUUCCAACAUUCCUGUCACUGCUAUUAGGAUAUCUUAUACUGGUGAACUGGGUUGGGAGCUGUACCACAGAAGAGAAGACUCUGUGGCGCUGUAUGACAUGAUCAUGAAUGCAGGCCAGGAGGAGGGAAUCGACAAUUUUGGAACCUAUGCCAUGAAUGCCUUACGCCUGGAGAAAGCCUUCAGAGCCUGGGGGUCCGAGAUGAACUGUGAUACAAAUCCUUUGGAAGCUGGACUGGAAUAUUUUGUGAAGUUAAAUAAGCCAGCAGAUUUCAUAGGAAAGCAAGCACUGAAACAGAUUAAAGCCAAGGGGCUGAAACGAAGACUGGUGUGCCUCACCUUGGCAACGGAUGAUGUUGAUCCAGAGGGAAAUGAAAGCAUCUGGUACAAUGGCAAGGUGGUUGGCAACACGACAUCUGGAAGCUAUAGCUACAGCAUCCAGAAGAGUCUGGCUUUCGCAUAUGUCCCUAUAGAACUAAGUGAAGUAGGACAACAAGUGGAAGUUGAACUAUUAGGCAAAAAUUACCCAGCAGUCAUCAUACAAGAGCCUUUGGUAUUGACUGAACCAACCAGAAACCGGCUUCAGAAAAAAGGUGGAAAGGACAAAACUUAAAAAAGACCUUUAGCUGUCAACUGAAUUUGAGUUGCUAAUGACUGUCUUUGAAAUUAUUAUAAUUGGUUUCCAGGGGAAUCAAGGAAACCAGGAAUUUAUUUCAAAAUCAUCAAAGCCUAGAUUUAGAAUCUUAAAGAUACCUUUCUGUUAAGUGUUUUCUAAGCAAGACAGAAUAAUAGAUAAAUGAUUUAUAUUGUUCUUUUAAAUGAAGAAAUUUGAAAUGAAUUUUUUUUAUUACCCCACAUUACCCAAUCGGCAAAACAUUUAGGUGUUUGCCAAUACAUACGAUCAUUACUAUAACUGAGUUAAAGGACAUUUUAUAAUUUUAGUAACAAAUGCAUGUGUUUCUUGAUAGCCAAAAACAAAUUAAUAAAUUAUCUUUUACAUAAAAACAUAUAAAAUAUUGUUGAUGGAUUUACUUCACUGAGAAACCUUUCCUUAGAUGAAUAAAUAAUCGUUUUAAUUUUUCAUGA